UGUAUUUUCAGGAUGGUGUUACCAUAGCAACAUGAUCAAGACUAUCAAAGUAUCCAUGGCAACCAAACAUCAAAAUGAAUAGAUGAUGUCCAUGGCAACAUAUUUGAGACAAGUGAAUUAUAUAUAACAGUAUGUAAUCUACAAAUUAUCAAGUUGACAAUGUUUCCAUAGCAACACAUAUCUGUAUCACUUACGAUGAUUGCAGUAUCUAUAGAAACAGGUAUCCAUAGCAAUAUCUCUCAAAACAUUGAUGUAUCCAUAGCAACAUCAUCCCGAUGAUUGAAGUAUCCAUGGCAAAUGUAAAUGGGGUGACACCAAAUACCAAAUAUGAAUCGCCUGAAAUUGUUAUCGACAAGGUGAAAGAAAUAAACCACCCCUUAGGCAAUAACAAUGGGGAUCUAGAAACCCCAGAGGAUGGGACUCCAAACCAAGUGGGCGGAGUUUGUAAUGAGAUUGAUAGCAAGAUUGACAGUCAACCAUUUAAAAAGAACAAAAGGCGAGUAAGAGGAUAUAAACCGAAACAAAGGUUUGGAAACCAUUCUCUGAAAACUAAAAUGGGACGGGAAGCAGAUGAAUCUAAUUUAAACGAUUCUGAAUCUGAUUUAAUGCCGAACGAGGAACGCUCCAAUCAAAAACAAGCAAUAUUACCGAAAACAUAUCGGAAAUGUAAACGUCAGGAUACUGCAAGUGAUCAAAAUAUUGAAGUCAUUCAUGUUGCUCCGUGUCCCAAUAUAAAGGGCUCAAAGAGCGCAACUAAUAUUGGGAAUAAUAUGGUACAUAGAAAUUCUUCUGAGAAGGAGAAAUCUCAGAGUUUGAGUAUGCAUAAUUUGUCUCAUUCAGAGAGUGCCAAAGGGGGUGCGAGUGGGGGUGUCACGACCCCAGGGGGCACAACUGAUGGUUCACAUGGAGGCGAUAGAUCCAGUGCCAAAAGUAGCAUGGAGAGCUCACACUCAGAGGACUGUUCCGUGAAAUUAAUCCUGUCGCCUCCCGGAUCACCGUCAAAAUGGUCCAGGUUACGUCACACUAUCAAAACUGUGAAUACCAUACAGACUGUCAAUCAGCCAGUUCAGAGAAAAAAACGAAAAAGUUCAGGACUACAGAGGCAGGAUUCGUUCUUAAAAAAAUUCUCCACUCGUCAAAGUGUCGCUCAAGAGGCACCAAACUCAGAUGACGAUGAAGUUGUCGCAAAACAGAAAAAGGAUCGGAUUAAUCAGAAUAAAGCGGGACGAUUUGUGAUAAAUCCAGAUGAAAAUGUUAUGUUUUGUUGGCUUGCAGUGGUGACGCUAGCUGUGCUUUACAAUCUCUGGUCUUGUAUUGCUAGAGAAGCGUUCAAGCAACUAGAGGAAGGGUAUACAGCCGUGUGGGUUUCGUUUGAUAUUCUUUUUGACAUAGUUUACCUCGCUGAUAUCGCAGUUCAGUUACGGACCGGAUAUCUUGAAAAAGGACUUAUUGUGUACAAUUCCAAAAAACUUGCCUUCCACUAUAUGAAAUCAAAGUUUUUCAUUUGGGAUUUAGUGACUCUCGCUCCAUUGGAUUUUAUACAAAUUCACGAAUCAUUUGGAAUACAUCCCAUUAUACGGUUUCCAAGAUUUCUCAAAGUAUACAGAUUGCAUAGAUUCAUUUAUAUGGUUGAAUCUAGAACAGUUUACCCAAAUGUUUGGCGUGUUGCAAAUUUAACACAUAUUCUGUUCCUUGGUUCUCAUUGGUUCGCAGCCUUCUACUAUAUGAUAUCCGAGGCGGAAGGAUACAGGGGUGGGUGGAGCUACCCACGACCACAUGGAGAAUUCGCAACAGUUACCCGAAAAUACCUCAAGUCACUCUAUUGGUCAAUGUUGACGCUAACAACCAUUGGAGAUCUUCCGCCACCCGAAACCAAUUGGGAGUAUGUUUUUACAAUAGUGAGUUAUCUGAUUGGUGUCUUCGUAUUUGCUACAAUUGUUGGUCAAGUGGGCAAUGUGAUAACCAAUAGGAAUGCAAGCAGAUUAGAGUUUGAAAGACUAUUGGAUGGUGCUAAAGUAUAUAUGAGAACGCACAAUGUUCCCCCAGAUAUGCAACGCAGGGUACAACGCUGGUAUGACUAUGCAUGGUCAAGAGGACGUAUGAAUGGUGGAGGAGACAUCAAUUCACUGGGACUUCUUCCAGAUAAACUCAAAACAGAGCUGGCUCUGCAUGUAAACCUUGAGACAUUAAAAAAGGUGACAAUCUUCCAGGAAUGUGAGCCUGAGUUUCUUCAUGACCUUGUACUCAAAAUGAAAGCAUUUAUAUUCACUCCUGGUGAUCUGAUAUGUCGCAAAGGAGAAGUAGCAAGAGAAAUGUUUAUCAUUGCAGAUGGCUUGCUAGAAGUUAUAAGUGACUCCGGUGAAGUUCUGACUCAGAUGAGUGCUGGUGAUUUCCUUGGUGAGAUUGGUAUCCUAAAUCUUGAUGGAGGUGUUAACAGACGUACAGCAGAUGUGAGAUCAGUUGGCUAUUCCGAGUUGUUCACACUUUCCAGAGAAGAUGUAUUGGAUGCUCUUAGAGAUCACCCACAAGCUGAGGCAACCCUGAUAGAAUAUGGCAAAAAACGUCUUACCAAAUUCAAUAUGGGAAAAUCAGAUCAAAACUCAUCCAGUUGUACAAGUGACGAUGAACGGGACACUGAUGAUGUUAUUCAAAAUGGCUGCCAUUCCAUGAUGCCUCUCGUACCCUCUAUUGAAGUGUCAAAAUUCCAUAGUCCUUUUGAACCAAGACCCUUAUCAAAGAAUACGGCAAUCGUAGGUUACGGGAAAUGGAAUCCAGGAAGAAAAAGCAAUCCCAUGAUCCUUUGCCAACAGUUCCUGAGGACGUCUUGGCAGCAAUCGGGGAAGGCAUUGGCCAAACAGGCUCGAUUAGCACGCCAGCUUUCUGCUGAUGGUUCCGCCAAUAAAGCACACUCUUUUGGGGACCUUAGGGAGAAAUUCAGUCGAUUGAGCAGGCGGUUGAGCACAAGGCGCGGAGGCAGCAGGUCCAGUACACGAAUCCCGAGAAAAACACGUCAGUAUGGUGGCAGGGAGUAUUUAUCUGUGGGAUCAGAUGAAGAAGAUCAACAUAAUCAAAAUGCAGACAACACUUCCCAGAAUAAUGACCAAAUCACUAUUAAAAUUGAAAACUCUCUAAGCGAUUCUGAAAGGGAUUAUGAAAUCCUUCCAAGUAUUUCUGCGAGUUUGACCCAUAGCAAAAGUUGUGAAUAUUUAGGUGUAUGGCCUGACAAUACAGGACAAUUUACGCUCGCAACCGUAGAUGAAACAGAAUCUGUUAACAGCCUUUUAUCCAUAUCAGAAAACCAGAGUAGCGGUUCAGCAGUGAAUACUAUCUCAACUCUGAUUGUGCCAAAUGAAUAUGUCUUCAAAUCCAAAACAUCUGACAAUACUAACAACCUCAGCCCCUCAAAUGUAUCGCAUCCUAAUAGUAAUGAGGUUCGUAUUGAGAUGAAUGCAAUGAAUAACUCAGGAUCUGGGAUUGGCGUAAUACGACAAGACUCAGGGGUACAGACAGAAUACUCAGACAAAAAUUCAAACAGUUCUUCCAUGCUACUGUUGACCAGUAGAACAAAUAGUCUAGACUCAGACCCCCCGGGAGAUGAACCAAUCUGUGAUAUAAUGGCAGGAAUGAAGCAGCUUCUGCAUGGAAAAUUGGAAGCUUAUCAGAGAUUAUUUGAACAAAAGGUUCGGCAUCUAGAAGAGGAUAACCUCCGUAAAAAUGAAAAGAUAAAAUUCCUUGAAUCUAGAGUGCAAAGUUUACAGAGGGCCCUAGUUUGGAAAGGCGGUGUAUCACCAUCUAGUGCUCCAGAUAACCCACAGCCAGGAAAUAACUGAUAUGCCUAUUAUUAGAGCCUUGUGCUCGGGACAGUAUGCACAAUCAUAGACAAUAUAAAACAAUCAGUAUUCAAUUAAUAAGAUGUCUGGAACAUACUAGAAAUCAGUUGAUUUGAGAACAAAAAUGAACUUGAAAAAUACAACACUUGUAAAUUAAAUCAAUAACAAUGCUUGGAUAAGAUGUCUAGAACAUACUAGAAAUCAGUUGAUUUAAUUUUGAGAACAAAAAUGAGCUUGAAAA